CAUAGUAGAAUAGGCGGGUUUGAGCGCUUGCGUGGACACCACAUGAACACACAGACGCAAUGGCGGGGAUAAAGCUCAAGUUCAAUGAUUAAUGUUAACGAUUUUAUAUGUCAGCUCUUUAAGAAACAGACGCGAAGUGAAGUUUCACACUUGUCAAAACCGCACACAGGAGCUUGAAGUUCCGGAUCGACUCGCGCGCUGCAAGAUUAGUGCGUUAUGUGCACGGGGGUUUCUCUCUUUGCAGGUCACUAUGGCAUUGAUAAGGAUGUUGGCCAGAUAUGUGCACUUGAACCAAGGUUUAAAGUGUUUGGGAGCCAGUUCUCAGAGCAAGAGAUUACAGCACACUGCAACCCAUUCAUCUUCAUGCAACUAUCAGCUGCUGCCUGACUGCCUGGAGCUCAACUAUGGUGGUCUUGUAAUGCACUUUGACUACGUUUGGCUGCGAGAUCACUGCCGCUCGGCUUCAUGCUACAACUCAAAAACAAACCAGCGUAACCUGGACACUGCCAGCAUUGAUCUGAACAUCAGGCCUUUAAAGAGCAGAGUGGAUGAAAACAACCUCUUCCUGACAUGGCCAGAUGGUCACAUGACGCGGUACAACCUAACAUGGCUGGCCCAAAACAGCUAUGAGGGCCAGAAGAGAAGUGCCAUGCAACCUCGAAUCCUGUGGAACGCAGAUAUCUACUCCAGCGCUAAGGUGCCUUCUGCCAGUUGGGACAAGUUCAUGAGCUGCGACGAGGAGCUGAAGAACUUCCUCAGCAACUUCCUGCUUUAUGGAAUUGCCUUCGUCGAAGGCGCCCCACCAACCCUAGAAGCUACUGAAACAGCGACCCAAAGAGUGAGCCUCAUCAGGGAGACCAUGUAUGGGCGGAUGUGGAACUUCACUUCAGAUUUUUCUCGUGGAGAUACAGCCUACACGAAGCUGGCACUGGACCGCCACACCGACACGUCAUACUUUCAAGAACCCUGCGGCAUCCAGGUGUUUCACUGUCUGAGACAUGAAGGAACGGGUGGCAGAACUCUGCUGGUGGACGGUUUCCACGCCGCUGACGCGGUUCUCCAGCGAACGCCCGAGAACUUUGAGCUGCUUUCCCACGUGCCAAUCAAACACGAGUAUGUGGAGAACCUGAGUGAGCAUCGCAACCACAUGAUCGGCAUCGGCCCCGUGCUCAACGUCUAUCCGUGGAACAACGAGGUUUACAUGAUUCGGUAUAAUAACUAUGACCGUUCUGUUAUUAACACAGUCCCUCAUGAUGUGGUGCGGCGCUGGUACACGGCUCACAGGCAGCUCUCCGCUGAACUCAGGAGACCAGACAACGAGCUGUGGGUCAAACUCAAACCAGGGAAGGUCCUGUUCAUCGAUAACUGGCGCGUUCUGCAUGGCAGAGAGUCCUUCACCGGCCUGCGGCAGCUGUGUGGAUGUUAUCUGACGCGUGAUGAUGUGCUGAACACAGCGCGCUCUCUGGGUCUCCAGGCCUGAAUACCUAAUGCUAAACUACCCAAAUGACAGCGGUACACCAUCAUUUACCAAAAACAAGUUGAUUUCUCAAGCAUUAGGAUAGCGGAGGACGCUUGAUAUACAGCACACAGCAGGAUCCCAACAGUAUUACUUCAGUAUUACUCAUCAACUCAGCUCUUUUUUGAAUGAUUUCAUGAUUUUAAUGAAAUGAGUUUAUUGUAGAGGAUGCAUCUUUUGAUCCAUAACGAUUCCUUUCCACAGAAAAACAGAUGGUAGAGUUGAAUUUAAAUGAUAGAUUUUUUAGAAAUGGUCAGGACAUGCAGUAACUCGAGAUAAUGGAGUGAAACGCACACAUUUCAAAAGAGUUGUGCUGUAAUGUCUGAUUUUAAGGAGUUUAUUCACACAGACGACUGAAAGAUUAAAUCAGAAGAAUGAUGUUUGAAGCGUAGAGAUGUGUUAAAGGAAUAGUUCACACAAAAAUGAUAAUGUCCUGAUUAUUCACUCACCCCCAGGCCAUCCAAGGUGUAUCGGUCUUUCUUUCUUCAGCUGAAGUUUUAGAGUAAAACAUUAUAGGAUUUUUCACCAUCUAAUGCAAGUGAAUGGGGCUCACUGUUGACCAUUUUUAAAUCCAUAUCAAAGUAAUCCACGUGACCCAAGCUGACUAACAGGUUUUCUACAGUGAAAUGAUCAGUCAAUUUCAGGGGAAAAAAAUAAUAAAUUCUAUAUUUUAAACUACAGAUGCUGGCAUUGGUCCAGCUCCGUUUAAUUCACGAAGUCUUGUGUGACAUAUGUGCUUUGGGAAGGUCACGCGUGAUGUAGGCAGAAAGAAGGAGCACUGGCCUAAAGCUGAAAAUGAGUUGUGUCAGUUUAUUGUUAACAAUUAAAAUAGUCAUGAAUUAAACUGAUGCUGUGUGAACUAUUCCUUUAAAUGGUUGUAAAUGGAGGGUAUUUCUUUGGGUUUGUGCCUUAACAGUGAUAUGGGUACGCAUGGUUGAGAUAAUGUUAAAGAUCUCACAAAGCUUAAAUAUAUAUACUGUAUUGCAUUAAUCUGUGAAAUUUUAACAUUCUGUAUCCUAUAUAAAAUGAUCUCAAAUGUAUGCACGCACAAAAAUACCAAUGUUACCUCUAGAAAAUAAAUAAAAUAAAUUAAUUUC